GCUCCUGGACGCUUCCGCUUCGCCCGACGAGGCCAAAGAGCUGGUGCGGAGGUUCGCCUACCUUGGCCAGUCUCCGGAUCUCUGUGAUGUCGAAGAGAACAACCAGAAUAGCAUCCAGAACUGCAAGCAGCUCAAUGGUGCUCCCGCCUACUUCGACGGUGGCCUGGUGGAGAUGAAGACGCUGGGCAGCCACAAGGUGGUGAGCACUCGAAACAACGACUUCUCGAAUCGCUCGCACAAGGCCACCAUCCUGGUGGUUCCUCGCAGCUGGAGCUGGCAAGAGGUGUUGCUGCUGGUCGCGGGACUGGCAGCCGCCAUGGGCUUGCUCGCCUACCUCUCCCUGGCCGUCUACGCCUUGAAGCACCCGAAGAGUUGGCUCUUCUCCAGGAGGUACCGCCCGCGCGUCCUGCGUUACCUGGUGGGUCAGCAGAGGCUGCAGGAUCAGAUCCAAAAGCGAAAGGAGUGGAAGCUGCAAGAGCAGCAGCGAUGGAAGAAUCUGGAUGGCCCAGGUCCCAACGAGCCCGAGGAGGCGCUGGCCGACGCUGAGGCGCCAAGGUCAAAGCCGUCGCGGUGCUACCGGUGCCUCUUGGCCAUCGGCCUCGGCGAAGGACAGCGCCUGGUGAUGAUCUGCUUGAUCCUCCUCAACGUCGCUUCCUUCGCCUGGGGCUUCUUCCUUCACCUGGGCCUGGGCUUCGAGGCGACGGUGGCCUACCCCAUGGCCAAGGGCGCCGGCUUCGCGCUGGACCUGGACCUGGCCCUGCUCUUGCUGCCCACCCUCAAGAGCUUACAGACGGCUUUACGUGGUAAAGGAGGCAAGGCACGGGAGUGGAUGCCUCUGGACGACCCCAUCUCCUUCCACAUCGCCGUGGCGACGCUCAUCGCGGUGAACAGCUGCAUCCACGUUGGGUCGCACGUGAUCCACAUCGCUCAGAUCGCGGGGUCGCCGGUGUUGCAGUCGGACCCCUUGGAAGCCUGGCGCCUCUCCGAGGAGGAGCGCCUUUCCGGCAGCUCCGUUGUGGAGCUGCUGCUCUCGCGCUCCAACUUCACAGGCAUCUUCAUCUCUGCCCUGAUGUGCAUCCUCUAUGCGGGCACCCCAACAACCAGCCUUCUUCAUCCCCUCCCCCCAGUUCCGAUCUUCGGAGCUCUUCGUGAGCUGAGCAGACACCCAGACACCGCGGAGGAGCAGAGGAGAGUGGACACUGAGCUCUCGCUGCAGUGCCUGGCGCGCCGCUGCGGCGGCUUCCGGCUCUUCCAGCGUGCCCACAGCCUAUGGCCAGUGAUAUAUCUGCUGCUCCUGGUCCACGGCAACUCCCGGUUCGUCGUUUGGAUGUUCUUCCCCUUCCUCUUCGUGGCCGUGGACCGGCUGCUGCUCUGGCAACGCCAGCGCUACCCGGCGGUGCUCAGCAGCGCCCGGCUGCUCCUCUUCGACGUGAUGCACCUCACCUUCGAGAUCCCCGAGAGCUUCAAGUACCAGGCCGGGCAGUACGUGAUGCUCCACUGGAAGGGCGAGUGGCAUCCCUUCACACUCACCUCGGCACCCGAGGCCUUGCCCCAAGAGCGGCGCCUGACGCUCCACAUCCGCGCCAGCCCGCAGCUGGACUGGUGCUCCGCCCUGCGCCGGCACCUCCUCGCGGAGGCGCCCCAUGCAGCCGCCGGCGGCACGGACCUCGCCAAGGAGCCGGCGCCCGGGACGGAGGUCUGCUACGAGCGGCUCCAGCUCCCCAACGGCAAGGUCUGUUGCAAGGCUCAGCCGACGGCGCGGACGACCCUGAAGGGCACGGGCUCCUCGCAGGAAGUCAGCUUCGACCUUCCCCGAGUGGAGGGUGCCGUCGACGCAGGGCACUCUGCAGGCCGCGAGCGGGUGGACUCCGAGGAUUCCGAGGCCUUGAUGCAGACCCAGAAAGCUCCUGCGGGCACGGUGGAGCUCCAGCUCCAGGGGCCCUUCGGGGCCCCGGCCCAGCGCGUCUGGGAGUUCCGGACCGUCAUGGUGGUCGGGGCCGGCAUCGGCGUCACCCCCUUCGUUUCCAUCCUCCGCUCCGUGCAAAUGCGGAUGCAGCAGCAGCUGCUCUUCUCUGCGGCCUCGAGAGGCCCCCGCCGGCCCGCAGAAAGGGCCUUAAGAGCACAUCCAUAG